AUGUAUGUGCCAUAUACAGCUGAGAAAGUACCCCCAGAAACCCGCUUAUCCUCCACCCCCACCACCUCCCCAAACACCUCCUCAGAAACCUGCCAAUCCUCCACCCCAACCACCUCCCCUAACACCUCCUCUGGUCCCUCAGUACCCCCAGAAACCCGCUUAUCCUCCACCCCCACCACCUCCCCAAACACCUCCUCAGAAACCUGCCAAUCCUCCACCCCAACCACCUCCCCUAACACCUCCUCUGGUCCCUCAGUACCCCCAGAAACCCGCUUAUCCUCCACCCCCACCACCUCCCCAAACACCUCCUCAGAAACCUGCCAAUCCUCCACCCCAACCACCUCCCCUAACACCUCCUCUGGUCCCUCAGUACCCCCAGAAACCCGCUUAUCCUCCACCCCCACCACCUCCCCAAACACCUCCUCAGAAACCUGCCAAUCCUCCACCCCAACCACCUCCCCUAACACCUCCUCUGGUCCCUCAGUACCCCCAGAAACCCGCUUAUCCUCCACCCCCACCACCUCCCCAAACACCUCCUCAGAAACCUGCCAAUCCUCCACCCCAACCACCUCCCCUAACACCUCCUCUGGUCCCUCAGUACCCCCAGAAACCCGCUUAUCCUCCACCCCCACCACCUCC